UAAAAGAGCCGUAUAUCACACAUAAAUAUUCGCUGUAAUAGAAACAAAAUUGCUAUCGAUUGGACACUUGAAAUUCUAUAAUCGUCCACCACAUCGCAAUUAAUGCUUACCGUACGGCCACACUAUUGUCGUAUUAAACAUUUCGAAAGUGACUUUCUCCGUUAUCAACGAUCUUGAUCUUGGAAGAAAUAGUUUUGUUCGCGGCGAUCUCGAAAUCUGAAAAUUUUCAUUUUCUUCUACGAUUAAAAAUAUGUAGGUGACAUCUCCCGGUUACGUGAAUCUUGUCCUUCCAACUUUCGUCAUAUUUUGAGGAAACUGUUAAGUGUCGUCUGAUUAUGAUUCAUGAAUUGUUCGACAUUUUAUAUCCCGGAGAAAGUGUCUUGCUCGGAACGAUUCCUAUCGGAUGCAACUCACGUUUCGCACCAGCCGUUUCCGUAGUAUAUAGCUCCCCACGGGGUUUCAUCGCGCCGUAAUACCGUCGUGAUUUUCGCCAGCGAUAAUACCGUGUCUCUUUAUUAUACGUUACGAGAUAGACCGCGCGAUUUUUCACGAUGUUGAAGCACGCGGUUGUCCUAGGUGCAAUGUAUUGUCUCGUCACGGCCGAGCCACCGAUCCAAGCCGGUGUGAAACCAACGAAUGUGCUAGGCAGUCCGGAGCAGCAUACUUCCUUCAGCUUCAUCCGACCGGGACUAACGCAAACGUCGUUCGCAUUCGGUGGACCGAGCUCUCAUCAAUCGUUCGCCGCCAGCAUCGGUAAUCCACAGCUAAUACAAAAGGUCCAGCCGAGUAUCGCGCAAGCCCUCGUCCAGAGACAUCCUGGUUUAGGAUAUUACACGCUCGGUCCAGCUGUGAGCGGCGGGGUCCUUCCGAAUUUUGCACCCGGACCUUUGGCAUAUCAGGCUCAGGAUCCCGCGGUCGCGCUGACGUACGCGCAACAAUACGCGCAGCAGCCGCAGCAAGCGUAUCUGCACGCGUAUCAGCCGGGCGCCGCGAUUUAUCAACCGCAAUUGGCGCAGUUGCUCGCCCUUCGUCAGGCACAAUUGGCUCAACAAGGCCAGUUCCACACGAUUCCAUCGGAACAGGUGCCUGAGGCUCAGGCUUCGUUGCAGCAGGAACAACAAACGGAACAACAAUCGCAGAAUUUGCUGGGUGUCGCUUAUUCAUCCGCCCCGUCGGUCGCACGUGUCAAGGUCUCCGGGAACGGAUACAAGUUCGACUUCUGAUCCCGAAUUACAGCGCUUAUUGUAACGAAAUUUUUGUUCGUGUAAUUUCUAAAAUACGAAACACACAUAUAUACAUAUAUCUAUUUAUUACAAAAAAUAUAGAUAAAUUAACUAUACAUAUAGAUAUUUUCUUACUGUUUUAUUUUUUAUUUUUUUCGUUACGCUUGAUUUAGCACGGAGUAUAAUGAUUUAAUUGUAACAUUUAUAUGGUAAAUCAUAAUAAUAUAAUCAAAAUUUUAAAUUGUUUCUUAAACGUUUCGCACAGUUACGUAGAACUUUAAGAUGUAUACUCAUUGUUAUUACAUAGAUCUUACUGUAAUUUAAUAUGUCAUAUAUUUUGGAAUCGAUGUUAAAAAUUCCUAAAAAUAAAUACUUCGUCCAUUAAUUAAAUAUAUGAUAUUUAACGAAUGGAAUUAGAGCUAUUUUGUAUAAUUAAAAUUAAAUAUAUAAUACUAAUCAGGUCACGUAAAAUUUAUAAUAUAUACCUCAUCCAAUAAACUCUUAAUAAACUUGAAA